GAAAUUUCGGAACUCACAGAAACAAUCCAAAAAUGCCAAACCCUAAAGUUUUCUUCGACAUGACAAUCGGCGGCACACCGGCCGGCCGGAUCAUCAUGGAGCUCUACGCCGAUGUCACUCCCCGCACCGCCGAGAACUUCCGUGCACUCUGCACUGGUGAGAAGGGAGUCGGCAAAGGCGGCAAACCCCUUCAUUACAAAGGAUCCUCCUUCCACCGUGUGAUCCCUAAUUUCAUGUGCCAGGGAGGUGAUUUCACCGCCGGAAAUGGUACAGGAGGUGAAUCAAUCUACGGAGCCAAGUUCGCCGAUGAGAACUUCAUCAAGAAGCACACCGGCCCUGGUAUUCUAUCCAUGGCGAAUGCUGGACCUGGAACCAACGGAUCUCAGUUCUUCAUUUGCACCGCUAAGACCGAUUGGCUCGAUGGUAAGCACGUUGUGUUCGGUCAAGUCGUUGAGGGUAUGAAUGUGGUAAAAGACGUUGAGAAAGUGGGUUCGAGCUCUGGAAGGACCUCGAAACCGGUUGUCAUUGCCGAUUGUGGCCAGCUCUCUUAGAUUAACAGAUGCUAGCUCCAUCGCCGUUGUCUGCACCGGCGCAAUCGUAUCUAAGAUCAAUUUCCUAUUUGCGUGUGUUGUUUUUAACUUCUGCGAAUAUGGGUCUGUGUGAGUCUCCUUUUUUAGGCUAUUAUGGGUCAUGGUUUAUGCUACUUCAUGAGUUUAUAUGCAUCUGCCAUGUUAAAUGGCGGUUUCGCAAUGGAUUAUUAAUAAUACAUGGCUGUCUUUUAACUCA